AUGUCUAUUUUUAAAGGCGUUUGCAGAGGGGAGUGGCUCCUUCUCUUUCUGUUCAUCCAAUAUUCUUCAAAGAUGACAGACGUAGCGAAGGAUUUAACAGCAGGAACAAUAGGAGGGGCAUCACAGUUGAUAGUCGGACACCCAUUUGACACCAUCAAGGUCAAACUCCAAAGUCAACCGGUCCCACCACCCGGUCAACGCCCUAAAUAUUCAGGCGCCAUAGAUGCUGUUAAACAAACAGUAGCAGCAGAAGGCCCACGAGGCCUAUACAAAGGCAUGGGCGCCCCUCUUGCUACUGUUGCUGCAUUAAAUGCAGUUCUGUUCACGGUUAGGGGUCAAAUGGAAGCCCUUUUGCGGUCUGAACCCGGGACACCCCUAACCGUGAACCAGCAGGUGGUGGCUGGAGCCGGGGCUGGAGUUGCAGUCGCUGUUCUAGCCACCCCUACUGAACUAAUCAAGUGCAGACUGCAGGCCCAAGGAGCAGCAGUCACCGGACCAGGGGCGGCAGUAACUGCCGCCAUAAAAUACAGCGGCCCAAUGGAUGUAGCAAAGCAAGUUUUAAGAUCCGAAGGCGGCAUAAAAGCCCUAAAACAAUACUUCGCCGGAGGAAUCGACACCUCCAGCCUUGAUCGUGGUUCGCUGAUAGUCGCUGGAGGUUUGGCCGGAGGUGCAUUUUGGGUUUCGGUUUACCCUACGGAUGUGAUCAAGAGUGCAAUACAAAUUGAUGAUUAUAGAAACCCUAAAUAUUCGGGUUCAAUUGAUGCUUUUAAUAAGAUUGUGAAAGCGGAAGGAGUUGGAGGUUUGUAUAAAGGGUUUGGACCCGCGAUGGCUAGAAGUGUACCCGCUAAUGCCGCUUGUUUUUUGGCGUAUGAGGGUGUGAGAUCAAGUUUGGGUUGA